CAGGGUCUUUGCCCCCGCCUGUAUGUGAGCAAAGCAAGUUGGUCAUGAGAUCAUAAGCUCAUACCGCAUACCUCAUAGGCUCUUCAACGUAAAGACGGAGGCGCUAUUACAGAGUGUGCUUGCUUACAGAAUCGAACCUUAAUCAGAAGGAAGCGUCAAUCACAAGGCCCUUUUCCUUCAUAUACACCUGAAUCACCCCAUUCUGCUCUUAUCAUAACAAAUCAUCCAGUUUCCAUUGACGGGGCCGAUAAUAUCAAUUACUUGUAUCUGUGAAGAGACGAGAGACAAUCAGAAGAUCUCCAUCAUGUCGAACAGCUCGCAAACUCAGCAGUCGUCCGCUGUCCGAGGCGGAGCAGGUGCGGUUCCAACGCCUGCGAAUGCGGGGGCCUCGGGUAGCUUCGGCGUCAAUCCGAAUCGCAGAAGAUCUUCACAGGGCCAAGGCCUUUUUUCUGGCCUUAUGAAUCAGAAGCGAAACCCUGAUGAUGCCAUGGGUGCUCAGAGACGAAUGAGCGCCAGUGAGCAAGCACCGCAGCCUGGAAUGUUUGGAAAGAUGUGGAAUAGUUGGACCAAAGGUUCUCCUCCACCGAGCGGCGGCGCUGGUGCUACCAGACGUCCUUCGUGAUUGCAAUGGCUGAAUUGAAUCAUUUUAAAACCACGGGGGAAACAUGACGAUAGUGCUGAGGGGUUGAGCUUUAUUUUGUUCCAUUGCGGAGUUUUACUCAAGGAAAACGCCUCUCCACAAAAAUAUUCUUAUUUCAAUGCUGAACAAUCAUUUUUUGCUCGCUGAAGUUAAGCCUGGGAUUCAACCGUCUGUUUAGCAAUUUGCCACGGUGAAUAAUUGCAUGCACUGUAUUGUAUUGCUAUAAUUUGGAUAAAAAAUAAUCUAUAGCGUCUAAUUUUAAAUGUGUUUCUUUUCCCUUAUUUAUUUGGGAGAAAUGACGAAUGAAAAUGCCACAAUUUCU